UAAGAGGCGCAUCUUCGAGUUUGCACAUUUUAGUUGUGAAGGCGGUCGCGCGGGCCACGGAUUUUGCAAGCGCGCGUUUGGUCUUUGGGCCGAGGAGCGUACUGUGACGCAAAGCGGGUGUAGCAGGAAUCAGGAGGCCUACAGGGCCGCAUCCCGUGCCAUGGGGCCGGGAAACAUUUUAUUUUAUUUUUUGGUGGCACUGGCGCUGACACAAGCCAGCGAGAAACCACCAAACAACGAAACGAGCGAUACGAAGCCAUCAGCGAGGCAAGCGCGCCAGUAUGGACUGUACGGCCAGGGGACCGACAACGAAGUGGUCGUAGACAUUGAAGACGACGAGAAAACACAGUAUUAUGAAACCAAUUAUGAUACCAAUGCGUACGGAUUUGGUUACGACGUGGGCCCCAACGGUCAGUUCCAUCACGAGACGCGUGGCCCCGAUGGCGUAACGUACGGUUGCUAUGGUUACGUGGACCCUGACGGCCUAUUGCGGGCCACACACUACGUCGCCGACAGCCACGGCUACCGAGUCGUUGAGCCUGAAAAACCCGUUGAAGUCUGGCCUGAUGAUAAAUAUCAGUAUGACGAGAACGCCAACCACCCAACUGAAUCGGUUCCAGGCCAGCUGAUACCAUGGAACAAGUUAUACUUCCCUAAGGGCUGUGGGCGCACUCCCGGUGGAGUGCCCGCGAAGCCACUACCGAAGCCGCCAUCCAGACCCCCGCGCCCUCCGCCAGACAGCGCUGGGCAUCCUAGUAAUCCUAAACCUGGUGUACUGCCACCUGGUGGUUCCGGACCAGAUGGAUCUGGUGGACCAAGUGGACCAGGAGGUCCGGGUGGACCUAAUGGACCUGGUGGCCCCGGAGGACCUGGUGGACCUAACGGCCCUGGUGGACCCAAUGGACCCGGCGGACCCAAUGGUCCAGGUGGACCCAAUGGACCUGGUGGUCCUAACGGUCCAUAUCCAGGGUACCCCGGCACUCCAGGUACUCCGGGCACUCCUGGCACACCCGGCAGUCCUGGAGGUCCCGGUGGACCAGGUGGACCAGGCGGUCCAGGCGGUCCCCCCGGAUCUGGAUACUACCCAGGUGGUUCCGGCUCAGGCUACUACCCCGGAACUCCGGGAUCAGCAGGCACACCCGGCAGCCCCGGCUCACCCGGAUCUCCUGGCACUCCCGGCACUCCCGGUACUCCCGGCACUCCCGGUACACCCGGUAAACCCGGAUCUGGUGGUUAUUAUCCCGGAAAACCUGGUGGAACAGGAGGUCCCUCCGGCCCAGGUGGACCAGGUGGUCCUUCCGGUCCAGGUGGACCCGGUGGUCCCUCAGGCCCAGGUGGACCCGGUGGAUCUGGCGGCUACUACCCCGGACAACCAGGCGCACCCGGUUCACCAGGCACCCCAGGUGGACCAGGUGGCCCAGGUGGUCCAGGAGGUCCAGGUGGUCCAGGAGGUCCAGGUGGUCCCAAUGGACCUGGCGGUCCCGGCGGCUCAGGCACAUACUACCCUAUCCGACCCGGUAGCCCCGGCACACCCGGUACACCCGGCACUCCAGGUAGCCCUGGUACUCCAGGAACACCAGGAGGUCCAGGCGGUCCCGGAGGUCCCAGCGGUCCUGGCUCCGGAACUUACUACCCAGGUCAACCAGGAUACCCCGGUACACCAGGCAGCCCUGGCACCCCAGGAGGGCCAGGAGGUCCAGGAGGUCCCGGAGGACCCGGUGGUCCUAGCGGUCCUGGCUCCGGCACGUACUACCCAGGCCAACCAGGAUCCCCCGGCACACCCGGUACACCAGGCAGCCCCGGCAGUCCAGGAGGACCAGGAGGUCCAGGUGGUCCCGGAGGUCCCGGAGGUCCUAGCGGCCCUGGCUCCGGCACGUACUACCCAGGUCAACCCGGCUCCCCCGGUACACCAGGCAGCCCCGGCAGUCCAGGAGGACCAGGAGGUCCAGGUGGUCCUGGAGGUCCCGGUGGUCCUAGCGGCCCUGGCUCUGGCACGUACUACCCAAGUCAACCAGGAUCCCCCGGCACACCUGGCAUACCCGGCACACCCGGUACACCAGGCAGCCCCGGCACUCCAGGAGGACCAGGAGGUCCAGGCGGCCCCGGAGGUCCCGGUGGACCUAACGGGCCUGGCUCCGGUACCUACUACCCCGGUCAGCCCGGGACCCCCGGCUCCCCCGGCACACCCGGCUCACCAGGCAGCCCCGGCACUCCAGGCGGACCAGGCGGUCCAGGAGGCCCAGGCGGUCCCGGUGGCCCACCCGGAGGAUACUAUCCUGGCAAACCCGGAACGCCCGGUAGCCCGGGUUCGCCCGGCUCCCCCGGCUCCCCCGGAUCCCCUGGCACACCCGGAACUCCAGGCACUCCAGGUCAACCAGGCAAACCUACUCGACCAAGUCAGCCAGGACAAGGUGAUCUACCUGGAAAACCCGGCCAACCCGGACAACCAGGAACAGCCGGGCAACCUAGUCAACCAGGCUACCCAGGACAGCCAGGACAAUCCGGCCAACCUGGUCAACCUGGUCAGGGAGGCCACCCAGGGCUUCCAGGAACACCAGGACAACCCGGCCAAGGUGGCUACCCUGGUCAACCAGGAACACCAGGGCAUCCCGGCCAACCAGGCCACCCAGGGCAACCAGGAACACCAGGUCAACCUGGCCAACCAGGCUUACCAGGAACUCCAGGACAACCCGGAAAGCCAGGGCUCCCAGGACAACCUUGGCAGCCGGAUUACCCAGCACAGCCCGGACAACCCGGCAAGCCAGGGCAGCCUGGACAGCCGGGACAACCCGGGCAAGGUGGACAACCAGGACAAGGAGGCCACCCAGGGCAACCUGGUCAGCCAGGACAAGGAGGCCACCCAGGACAACCUGGACAAGGAGGUCACCCAGGGCAACCUGGUAAGCCAGGGCAACCCGGACAAGGAAGCCAACCAGGACAACCUGGACAAGGAGGCCACCCAGGUCAACCAGGACAACCCGGACAAGGAGGCCAACCAGGACAACCCGGACAGCCAGGCCACCCAGGUCAACCAGGACAACCCGGACAAGGAGGCCAACCAGGACACCCCGGACAGGGAGGUUACCCAGGACAACCAGGGCAACCCGGACAAGGAGGUCAACCAGGACAACCCGGACAGGGAGGCCACCCAGGUCAACCAGGACAAGGAGGCCACCCAGGGCAACCUGGUCAGCCAGGACAAGGCGGCUACCCAGGACAACCUGGUCAGCCAGGUCGGCCUGGUCAAGGAGGCUAUCCAGGACAACCCGGGCAACCUGGUAAACCAGGACAACCCGGUCAAGGAGGCUACCCAGGACAACCCGGACAAGGUACCCAACCAGGACAACCCGGACAGGGAGGCCACCCAGGUCAACCAGGACAACCCGGACAAGGAGUCCACCCAGGGCAAACUGGUCAGCCAGGACAAAGCGGCUACCCAGGACAACCUGGACAGCCAGGACAACCAGGACAGGGAGGCUACCCAGGGCAACCAGGUCAACCAGGGCAACCUGGACAAGGAGGGCAUCCCGGACAACCCGGUAAGCCAGGACAACCCGGUCAAGGUGGACAACCUGGUCAACCAGGACCACCCGGACAAGGAGGCCACCCAGGACAACCUGGACAGCCCGGUCAAGGUGGACUACCUGGACAACCAGGACAACCCGGACAAGGAGGCCACCCAGGACAACCUAGUCAGCCAGGACAAGGCGGCUACCCAGGACAACCUGGACAGCCAGGUCAGCCCGGUCAGGGAGGCUAUCCAGGACAACCAGGACAACCUGGGCAGGGUGGACUACCUGGUCAGCCAGGACAUCCCGGACAAGGAGGCCAGCCUGGUCAGCCUGGUCAGCCAGGACAAGGCGGCUACCCAGGACAACCUGGCCAGGGAGGUUACCCAGGACAACCUGGACAUGGAGGUCACCCAGGACAUCCGGGACAACCCGGUCAAGGUGGACUACCUGGUCAACCAGGUCAACCAGGACAACCCGGACAAGGAGGCCACCCAGGACAACCUGGUCAGCCAGGACAAGGAGGCUACCCAGGACAACCUGAACAGCCAGGUCAGCCCGGUCAGGGAGGCUAUCCAGGAGAACCAGGACAACCCGGGCAGGGCGGACUACCUGGUCAACCAGGACAACCCGGACAAGGAGGCCAUCCAGGACAACCCGGACAAGGAGGCCAGCCAGGGCAGCCUGGUCAUCCAGGACAAAGCGGCUACCCAGGACAACCUGGUAAGCCAGGACAACCCGGCCAGGGAGGUUACCCAGGUCAACCAGGACAACCCGGACAUGGAGGUCACCCAGGACAGCCGGGAAAACCCGGCCAAGGCGGACUACCUGGUCAACCAGGUCAACCUGGACAACCCGGACAAGGAAGCCAACCAGGACAACCUGGUCAGCCAGGACAACCCGGACAAGGAGGCUACCCAGGACAACCCGGAAAACCCGGUCAAGGCGGCCACCCAGGACAACCUGGACAGCCUGGACAACCUGGACAAGGUGGAUAUCCCAGCCAACCAGGACAGACCGGUUAUCCAGGCGGUGAUUCGGAAGGGCAGCCCACUGGUACUGGCGUGCAGCCUCCUCCGAACCCUCCAGGCGGCCAAAUGCCCCCGUUCCCGAUAUAUGUCAUCCCGUACCCGCUGCCCAUCGUCCCUAGCCCUGCUUCGUGCCCGUGCUACCUCCUGAACCCGGGCGCGAACGACACCAACGCAGUUCAACAACCACAACAACCGCCGCAGCAACCUCCCAACCAGGGCGCAGCAUACGCUCCCUACGGCAUUAUCGGAUUCGUCCCCGUGGUAUUCCUACCCUACUGCCCGGGAAAUAACACCGAUAUGCAACAGGCACAGCAGAAUUUCCCCAACGCGGUGUCAGUGCCGUACAACUGCGCCCAGUGCCAAGCCAACAGAGACAUAUACCGCUACCUCGGCAGGGUCAACGGUGGCCGCAGCGCCGACAUCGAAGACUUGAAAGAAAUACGAUCUCUACCAGAACUAGAGCAAUUGAUCAAAAAUCAAAUUAAACCUAUGAAGAAGAGCUUGCGCCGCAUAGCAGCUCACCCGCGAAUACUCGACACUACUGAUCAAGAAAAGUCAAAGAAUAAAAGUGAUAUUUAAAUCGAUGAAAGAGUAGUGAAAUGAUAAUUUUGAGACUGUCCGAUAGAAACUCUUGGGCGGUCUCAAAAUUUUGUCGUAAUCGGCACAACUUGUUGUAUUUAAGUAUAUUUAUUUCUCAACAUGUAAUUAUUUAUAAGAUUCCAUACGUUGUUUAUAAAUGCGCAAAUGUAAGUUAGUAUGUAAUAUUUACAAGAAAAAUGUACUUAGUAAUUGUUUUAGAAUUUUUCGCAAAAUUGAUAUUAUUAGAUAUUUUGUAAAAAGACACGCGCUGCCAUUU